AUCCACUAUAUUUUGCAACAAUAUUGCACUUCACACACUCACACACACUAACACAAACAGUAUUUCCCAUAAAUAUCCAAAAAUAUUUCAACUUCUUGAAAAUACAUCAAGAAACCCUAAAAAUGGCUGGUGAUCAGCUGCCGAAGGCCGAGACCCCCGACGACACGGUUACUAUCAGCUCCAUAGGUGAAGUAGUAGAUUUGGUAGCUGCUGAUGAAAAUUCAAUCAGUGAAGCAGCAAAGAAGCUUGAGAUUUCUGAAGAUGAGGAAACCCUAAUUAUCAGAAUGUUUAAUUUGGUUGGAGACAGGUGGUCUUUGAUUGCUGGAAGAAUUCCUGGAAGAAGUGCUGAGGAAAUUGAGAAGUACUGGAAUUCCAGACAUUCUACUAAUCAAAACAACUGAUUAAAUACAAUUUGGAAUCUUCAUGGAGAUAAUGUUUCUGACCAGAUUAAUUAAAGUAGGGGAAUUUCUAAUUUUUAUUACAUUAAUUAGCGGAUUGUGAUC